UUCGGGAAGAAGUUGUUUUUCAGUUGCGUAUAGAUCAAUGUUUACCGCAUCUUCCGCGUUCGUCAAACUUCCCGCGUGCUUCCUAAAUCGAUGAACACAUGCUGAUGCAUGAAACAAUGUUCAGGUCUUUCCGGUGGGUGUAAGGAAUCCACCUCCCUACAUAACAGAUUCUGUUAAUUGUUAAACGUUUUCGUUGCUCCCACUUUGAGUCAUAACAUGAUUUAUCUGGAAGUGUGCGUAUGACAUAUUUGUCACAUUAAGUGAAAUGCUUAGGAUUGAGUAUCAUCUGAAAUGUUGAGGCACCUGAAGGCUUUGUAUACCUUGGGUGGCAAAGAAGAUGAAACACACUACGUGAUACAGUUACAAGAUACCUGGCGUUAAGCGAUCACAUGGAGGGUCGGUGUUUAGGACCGUGGAGACGAACAAACAGGGGAGGUCUAAUGAGACGACAGAAAAUCUAUUUUAAGGUUUGGUAAAGAAUUCAAGGUCAUUUCUUUUAUUACAAACCUAUCCAACUAAGAGCGUACAUGCUAGAAAACCAUUUUUUCUCUGGAGUUCUGAGAUUAUUUUUAUUUCAAAUAACAAACAAAUUCGCCACCCAGGGUAAAUUUUGACUCAUUUGAGGGGAUGUGUCGUUAAAACUAGCUCAAUCAUGCAUGCCAAUACAAACAUCUCGAUAUCAAAUUCUUUGAAAAUGCAAACUGGGUAGGACAAACAGAAAAAAGAAAUAAAAAGAUUCCAGGGCAAAUUUAUCAUUGAUAAUCUAAUAUUAACACCUCGUUUUGAACAACAAAGUGAUUUGAUAAAACACGUGUAAAUAUCAAUUCUCUCAUCAAGUUUACCCCCCGUUACGGCGACCUGUAGUAUAUCGAUAUUUUAAAGUAUUAUCAUAUUACUGCAUCACCAAGAUUUAUUUCGCAGUCAAUAAGAACUAUGGAAAAACUAGGUAAAACUGCAGUUUUUUUUUUUUUUCAAAUAAAAUUCGCCUUUAAUGAGUUCUUAAUACCAUCGUGAUCGUCAUCUCCGUAACGAGGAAUAUUUCUAUCUACCAUUUACAGCACUUUGUCAUGCUGCGCGCUAUCACCGAGAGAGAGAAACGCCAUUUUAGCCUUUACCAACGGAAUCUUGCCGAUUCAAACUUGUUUUAAUAGACCUUUAAAAUGAAGAAAUAUUUUCAAUGUUUUUGCUCAGUAAAUUUUCAACAACUUCCCUCAAACAUUGUUUCACCUUGACACGUGUUUUUUCACAAAAGCUACCACAGCGUUUUAGGAACCAAAUCCCAUAAAAAACUUUGAACGUUUCAUAAAUAUUUAACCUAAAAUGAUGCUAUUGUUGCACUAUUUGGAGAGUUUUAAAGUACCUGAGGUGAUCCAAGCACAUGGGAGGCUGCUUGGAUACCGUGGAGACGAACUGACGAGGGAUGUUGGAUUGGACAAUAGGGAUAUUAGUUGGCUCUUCCCCCUCACUAAUUCUUUUGAAAUCAGUUGAAAUAAUUCUAGAUCCCUUGAGUAUUACAAUGUAGCAAGGAUUGACUGCAGGUGCCAAAGAGACGAAAAAAAAUCCUAGGUUUUUAAUUUCGUUUUUCUUCUUCAUACAAGUGAAAAUAACAUAGAACUCAGUGAGACCACUGUCGUAAAUAGUAUCGAAUCGACCACAUGCGCUAAGUUGCAUGAAUUUCAUAGAUUUUUUUAAGUUCUUUUAUCUCUUCAUACAAGUGAUAAUAACAUAUAACACCGUGACAAUAUUGUUAAAUUUGAAAGCCAUAUGUGUUUGAAAAUAGAUUUAUACUCUUUCCUAUGAAACUCAGAAAACCGUGAGCGCUAGACAUAUUUAUGGAAUGUUGUUUCCCAAGUAAAAGCCAGUUAUGCAUGAGAAACAUGGAAUAUUGUCGCCAAUAACAGGCAGCCCAAGUUCCAAUGGUGAGAUGAUCAUCUUGCGCAAUAACAGUCAUGGUGGAAUUAUAAGAGUUUGUACAUGAUGGGAAAACCUCGAAAUGGACAACUCGCUAAAAUGGGUUCUUUUCAUCAAAGUAAGCCGUCAGAUAGCAAGCGAUACACUGUGGAAGUAAGGUUUGAAGCAUCUGGAACUACCUGCAGGUUGCAGAACUCAUAAACGGAGCGUCUGGCGGCGAUGGAGAGGGACUGACAGGAAAUGUCACUUAUGACAACAUGAUCCCUAAACCAGCCACCUCUUUAACUCAUCCUUUAUGAUCUUUUGGAAAAGUCCAACUGGAUACAGUUAAGAUUGAGCGUCAACUUAGGCAACAUCUCCAGCAUAUCAGAGACCUCCUCAGUUCCCCCUGCUAAAAGGGGAUCUUCAUCGGACAGCUAUGGCUGACAACAUUUCGCUGACGAGAAUGAGGAAAAUAAAACAGCAGGUUGAAGGUCAAGUUGGAGACCAAGUCACCUCAAGCAGAAGUGAAUUAUCGCGCCAAAAACCACGCUACAGAAACAUUGUUCACUUGUGGGAAUUCUUACUGGAACUUCUAGCAUACGGCCACCAAAGUUCAUCAAUUAUAGCCUGGAACAGAAAGGAGCAUCGAGAGUUUGUGCUGAAAAAUCCAGAGGAAGUGGCAAAACUGUGGGGUGCCUAUAAAAAUGUGCCGGAAAUGACUUACGCGAAGCUCAGUCGAGCUCUGCGACAUUACUACAAGAAGGGAAUCAUUAAAAAGGUUGCAGGCCUCAGAUUGUGCUACCAGUUUGGUAACUUGCCCUAUAAAUAUGAACCUGGUGUCACAAGGUCUCGCUAUCACGGAUACAGGCUCAAUGAAUGCAUCCAAAAGCAACUCAGAACAAAAGAGUUUGCAUCUUUCCAAUCUGUAAUUCGUGGUUGUCACGUAUCGUCGGCCUGUGUUCCCAUCAGCUACCCCCUAGGGAAAAGAUGCUGCUGCCAGACACCAAGACUCGCGCCUCCUUGUUCGAUGAUGUGGUUUUCAGAUCCCUUACAUUCCCUUUCACCUUUUCCCGAGGUCAUGUUUCCCACAAGGGUCGAUUCAAUGAAGCCAUUCCUAUUGCCUUCUAGUCACAGCCCUUUUUAAAGGAACAUGAAGGAAUCAGGGUAGCCAACUUAUCGGCCAAAAAAAAAAGGUUUUUCUGCUUCAUUUUCCCAAUCCUGUUUCUUCUUUUCAACAGAACUGCUACGUUUUAUUCGUCAAAAGUGUAAUGGAAAUAAAUAAAUAAAUAAAUAAAUAAA